CGCCCUUUGACUUGUCAGUGGGGGGAAAAAAGUUUUAAGGAAAGCAAAAAUCACGGAAGAAGACUUUGCAGUCCUUCUCGUUUGGCAAGUUGCGUGGACCCAAAAGCGGGAGUCGUUGCCGCGCAGAAGAGCACAAAAAAAGUUCAUUUUCCUGCACAUUUCCACGCUUGGCUUUCACGCGCAGUCAUGGAGGCAGCCAUUCAGACCGUGGUCAAGGUCUUCCUGAAGUCCGGCAAAGGGAAGGAGAGUCUCGGGAAGAAAGACUUCCAGAGCCUGGUCAAGAGCCAACUCAGCAACAUCCUGUCGGACACAGACAGCAAAGAGGCGGUCAACAACAUGGGCCAGGGCCUGGACGCCAACCAGGACGGCAAGGUGGGCUUCGAGGAGUACCUGAAGCUGGUGGGCUACCUGGCCAAGUCCGUCAGCGAACAGCGGUGUCGCGCCAAAGAAGAGCCCGCCCAGAACGCCGCAGCGGCGCCGGCCGCGGCACAAAGCUCCCCUGAUGGAGAGACCAAGCCGGAUGCGGAGGUGAAGGUGGAAGCCAACGCCGACGGGAAGGUGGACGCCACGGCGGAUGGCAAGGUGGAGGUGAAGAUGGAAGCCAAGGUGGAGGAGACGGAGAAGAAGAAGGAGGAGGUGGCCGAAGAGAAGCCUGCGGCAGCAGCCGCAGCGGUGGCGAACACGGCAGACGCGGGGGUGGCGGCGGCGGCGGACGCGUUAUCGAGCGGCGCGGAGGUAGUGGUGAGAGAGGUGGAGGAGACGGAAAAGGUGGAGGAAGUGGUGGAGAAGGUGGCUGAAGCUGCCAAGGAAGAGGCCGAGAAGACGACGGAGGACUCAUAGGGGACAAAUCCAUCCAUCCACCAUCACACUAAUGCUACAUCCAACACACACACAUACACACACACACACACACACACACACAAUCAUAGGAGCUGGUGAGCCACUAGAAGAUGCACGACCACUACAAACCAGCUGUGGAGAAAGCCCACUAAACUAGCUUUCUAGUACCACUAUACCUUAUAUGGUAAUGUAACAUCCUGUGAAUGCAAACCCUGACCCCGCCCCCUUCUACUACCACUCACACUAACACACACACACACACACACACACACUAGGGUUAGAAAUAGGCACUAGUCACUUGUUGAUCCCUUUUGUUGUGUUUAACGUUGAACUAUUCCUUUAGUGCCACCCUCACAUUUACUCUACUCCCCUCUGGACACCUUUCUGGACAAAAUGUAUCCUUAGCUUGGUUAAUACUACUACUACUACUACUACUACUAGUAGUUUCAUGAACAAUAUAGUAUUUUUUAGCUUUCAGAAAUGGAGGGAAAUGUUGGAAGUAUAUUUGGCUUUUCUCCUAAAAAAAAAAUGACAUUUUAUAUUGACUUUUUUCCCUCUAAACUAUUAAGGGUUUCCCCCGUAAAAAAAAAAAUUAAUUUGACAUCAAGAUUUUUUUUUCUCACAAAAAUAUAACUUCAUGUUCCUAACAUUUUUUACUACUAUAAUCUAAAAAUAUUUUUUUACCCCCUGAAAAGAUUUAUUUUUUCUCAACAUUCUACCAUUUUUUUAAGACUUUUAUUUUAUUCUCAAAAAAUAUAUACAUAUAUUUUCCCCCAAAAAGAUGUAUUUUUUCUCAAAAUUCUACCAUUUUUAUUUUUAAAGAGUUUUUACUUUAUUCUCAAAAAUAUGUAUUUUUCCCCCUGAAAAGAUUUUAUUUUUUCUCCAAAUUCUACCAUUUUUUUUUUCAGGAGUUUUACUUUAUUCUCAAAAAUAUAUAUUUUUCCCCCCGAAAAGAUUUGUUUUUUUCUCAAAGUUCUACCAUUUUUAUUUUUCAAGAGUUUUACUUUAUUCUCAAAUAUAUAUAUAUAAAUAUAUAUUUCCCCCAGAAUGAUUUAUUUUACUCAAAAUUCUACCAUUUUUCUUUUUCAAGAGUUUUACUUUAUUCUCAAAAAUAUAUAUUUUUUCCCACGAAAAGAUUAAUUUUUUUUUCAAAAUUUGACCAUUUUUAUUUUUCAAGAGUUUUACUUUAUUCUCAAAAACAUAUAUAUUUUUCCCCCAAAAGGGAUUUAUUUUACUCAAAAUUCUACUAUUUUUAUUUUUCAAGAGUUUUACUUUAUUCUCAAAAAUGUUUUUUCUUUCAUUUUUUCUCAAAUAUUUGCAAUUGUAUUCUCAAAAAUAUCAAACUUUUUAAUAUAACUUUUUGUUUUAUUCAUAACAAUAUACCACUUUUCUUGCAGAAUGUCACUUUUUUAUUCUCGGAAAGAAACUUUUUUUUUCUGCUUCAGACCUGCAACUAAAAAGUAUCUUGUUUAGUGCCAGUUUGAUUAUUAAUGCGAUGAUUUAUUAGAAAACGCCACGUAUGUUAUCAUGUACUAUUUUAUAUAUUCCAAAUAGUAGUUUAGGAGUUUAGAAGUGUCGGGUAGGUGAAAAAGCAUCAACAAAAAUAGGAUUGAUGAAAACUCGGCCCUUCUUUGCGGCAGAAAUGAAGUCAUCAUAAUGUCUUGUUUUGGUUUUGAGCAGGUCUGAAGUUGUUAUGUUAUGUUAUUAUUUCAAAUAAAGUUUUUUUAUACAUUUUUUCCAGCAGGUGGCUGAGGGGGUACACAAUGCAUAGGUCCAGUAUGGAUUUCAGCAAUUUGACUAAAAAAAAAUCAGGAAAAAAAAUGACCUAAAAAAAACAAUAUAGAAAAUAACCGGAGGGUGGUACAAAUAACAAAUAACACAUUUCCCCCCCUUUGUGCCUCACAAAUGCUUCAGUGCUUAUUCGGCAAUGACAAUAAACACAUUGUUUGGCUGCCAUAUUGCAUCCCCUCCUUUCAGCUCAUUCCCUUCUCUUUUUUUUUUUUUUUUUUUUCAAGAAUACAGUACUUCUUUCUCCUCACUUCACCUGAACGUGACAUCCACCCUGCCACGAUUAGACGUGGGAGAUCAGGUGUGGCUCGUCCCUAAAUAAUUAAGAAUCCAAACCGCAAGGCCCAAAAUAGUCGCAGGGUGGAAGGAAUGAUGGUGGUGGGAAUAGAUUUUAGGAUUACACUUUUUAUUUUUUCAAAAAAUACAAUUGAGCAAAUCUUUUUUUUUUUUUCCACAUGACUUUAUGCGUUUGCGUGCGCAAGCUAACGCUUCUACUCCCGGGUGAAAACGUGUCAAAACAUGCAUCCCGACUCUGUUGCCCGUGCUGUUAUUUUUCAGGCAAAUACGCCGCAUAGCGGUGUUGCCCCACAAGUCAGAUUGCCUUGAAAUUUCUCGCACAUCGACUAAAAAAAAAUGACUGUAACUUCAUGGUGUUUGACCCCAUCUCCAUGCAAUUUGGUACCCACCUUUCGGGGACCGACAUGCACACGUGUGUGCGAAAAUAUUGACAUUGGUGUAGUGGUGAUGGAACUUUGAGGUUACUUGUGUUAUUUGUAAAGCAUUUUGACCACCACCACGACCACCCCUAGGGGGCGCCACGAAUGUCAUAACGGUCAUGUGAUAAAAAUAUUAUAUGUUUGUUGUGAAAAGUAAGCAAAAAAAUGUGUCUGACAAGCAUUUUUUGCAGCCUUUUUAAAUUAAUAACUAUGCAAUUUAUGAUAUUUAACCUGGACCCCCAUUUUGCGGAAGAAACGUUUCAUGCUUUAUGAGCACGGUCAGAAUGUAUUCCUCCCGUUUAAGUCCUAAACAGGUUCUCCAGCGUUUACUAUUGCGUGCCGUGUUUGCCGGUCACACCCCUCAUUUAGUCUAAAGACCCUGUCUGACCUGGAAUAGGAUCCCCUCCCCUCCCCCGACUCUUUGGUGUGUUUGGAAAUUAGACGGAUUAGACGUCGGAUGUGGGCAAUACGCCCAAUUGGACGAGGGCGGAUUGUUUGUCGUGUAGCACACCCACUGGGCCAAUCCCCACGUGAUUAACUUUUUUUUUUUUGAAAUACUUUUCCUGUUGUCAUGCAAGCUAAUCAUUUAAUGCAUUGUAAAUCAUCAAUAAUGCAGUCGUGAGAAACCUGGCUCCAGUUGCACGUCUGCCCACGGCCUCGCGCGCGUACCACCGCUACGACAUGUACUACAUGUACUACAUGUACUUUUUUUUUUUUUUUUGAAUUGUCGGACGCCUGCUGGCACUGCAAACUCGGUUGGCAGCGUAACAAGGCAAAUACAAGCCAGUCAUGUGAUCGGACACUCCCAUUGUAAAUAUUACUGCUCCCAUUACCCCCCCUCACCCAGCCCCCACCCACCCACAGCUUGAUAAACUAACAACACGGGCAUUUUGGCAACAUUUCUUCAAAUAUAUAUUCACCUUUGAUACUUUUCUUUUUAAGGUACUUCCUAAAAAUACUCCUCUGAGCUUGUACGGUAUACUUUUUAUUUGCUUGUUAUCUUUAUAGCCUUUCAAUGUGAUCUUUGUUCACUUAAAUCGAUGGAUUCUGGAAAGGGAAAAACUGGAUGUAGAGGUUUUCAAAUGCACAACAAGCCAACGUAUCGUACCUCAGCCCAGCGUGUCAAAACUCACCCAAAAAAAAAAAACAA